AUGCCUCGCAACAACAACAGCGACGACGAUGAAGUGUAUCAGCCGCCUACAAACACGUCAGGGCCGGCAGACACGUCUCCGCGGCAAACGCGCGCUAUACGAGAGGCGGCUAUGUUGCGUGCUGGUGUCGUCAAUAACAAUAUGUCAGAGGAGGAUUAUCAAUUCAUGCUCAGCCUUAUGCCCCUUGAUUUCCACUCAGAUCCCACCAAGUUUCCCAAGCUCUUCCAAAUCUCUAGUCAAGAUUAUCAAUCCACAAGCCCCCUCGAAGAUCGCGAGGUGUACGAGAUCAGAGAUUACCUCGUCAAGUACACCGACUUUGAUUUGCGCGUGCCCACCCUCGCCACUCGGAUUCGCAGAGCCAACGCCGACUAUUUGUCCGAUGGUAUCAGUCGUUUGAUGUCGCCCUUUGGGGAACACUAUUAUGCGUUUACGUGUUUGGUGUGCCACAGCUGGUACAGACCAGAUAGCGAAGAGUGCAACCAAUACACUUGUUACGCCCCCUUCCGAGACCAGUUGGCCGAGUGGGCUAAAGAUCAUAUCGCCAUCCGCAUGACGCCGGACCGGGGCUAUGGCGCCUUCAUGAAGCCCGGUCGUGAUGUGGAGCAAGAUGGAAUCAUUGGCAUCUAUUACGGUAUGAUAUGUAAACACGACAGCGAACACGUGCCCAACAGCGCCUACGUUUACGAAAUGGACGACCAUAUCGGCGAGUACCCAUACAACAUUGAUGCGGGAAUGUACGGCAACUGGACCCGGUUUAUCAACCACCACUGCCGCCCCAACGUCGCGUGCAGCCCCGAGACCAUCGGCGGCAUCAGAGUCUUGGUUUUCAAAGCCCUCAGGCCAAUCGAGGAGGGGCAUGAGAUAUACGUCAACUACGGACGAAGCUAUUUCGACAAAUUUAAAAUGCAGUGUCGUUGCAACCUCUAUCCCAUUGCGCACAAAGCCGAGGGCCAUGCGGAUACGGCGACUAACAAGCCACGUACACGUGCUCGCCCCGUCCUUCCGCUGGACCAGAAACGCGAGCUUCCACUGGACAGUGACUCAGAUUCGCCCCUCUCCUCCCCUCCUUCGACACCAGAGAGACCCGUAACGCUAGAUCUCGGGAGGCCAGAUCCCGGGAGGCCAGAUCCCGGGAGGCCAGAUCCCUUCAGGCCGUCACCCUUGAGGCCAGGGGCCACCUCGAGGUCCAAGACACAGACGGACUAG